AAAAGAAAAAAGAGAUGGGGACCCAGUGGGAAUCGGAGCCAUCAAAAACCGCCCCCAUGACCGUGGGCAAGAGCUGCAAGAUGCUGCAGCACGCCGACUGCAGGAUGAGGUGCAUCCUGCAAGACGGCCGCAUCUUCAUUGGCACCUUCAAGGCUUUUGACAAGCAUAUGAAUUCGAUCCUGUGUGACUGUGAUGAGUUCAGGAAGAUCAAGCCGAAGAACUCGAAACAAGCAGAAAGAGAAGAAAAACUAGUCCUUGGUCUGCUGCUGCUUCGAGGGGAAAACCUGGGCUCUAUGACAGCAGAGGGACCUCCUCCCAAAGAUACUGACAUAGCCCAAGUGCCACUGGCUGGAGCUGCUGGAGGCCCAGGUAUCGGCAGGGCUGCUGGCAGAGGAAUCCCAGCCGGUGUUCCCAUGCCACAGGCUCCUGCAGGACUUGCUGGGCCAGUCCGAGGUGUUGGUGGGCCAUCCCAGCAGGUGAUGACCCCACAAGGAAGAGGCACCGUUGCUGCUGCUGCAGCUGCUGCCACAGCCAGUAUUGCGGGAGCUCCAACCCAGUACCCACCGGGCCGUGGAGGUCCUCCCCCACCUAUGGGCAGAGGGGCACCCCCUCCCGGCAUGAUGGGCCCACCUCCCGGUAUGAGGCCUCCAAUGGGUCCCCCAGUGGGGAUACCCCCUGGAAGAGGAACUCCAAUGGGCAUGCCUCCUCCAGGAAUGCGGCCCCCUCCCCCUGGGAUGAGAGGCCUUCUUUGACCCUUGGCCACAGAGUUACGAAGUAGCUCCGCAGAAGCGUGGGCCCGGUUCCCCAGGGCCACGUUACUACAGACCUGUUUGUUUGUUAUGCUGUUGUUCACGGAGUAUCACAGGAUUGUCUGGUUUCCCUUACAGGGCCCCCUCCCCCGGGAUUGUGCCCUCCAAGGCCCUAGACUCAUCCUAGGCCCUCCU